AUGGUGGAAGAGGAGAGCAGGCAGCCAAUCAGCAAGCAGCUGGACUCACACAGCUGCUGCUUGCACUAUGUUGGGAAGAUAGGAAAGUGAGAAAGGUAGGUGGAGAAAGGAGAAAUAGGCCUCGCCAAAGACUCCUGAGUAAGCUUAGAAGUCAUGGAAUGAGAGGAGAGGUCCUCUUGUGGACCAGGAAUUGGUUAAGUAGCAUAAAGUAGAGAGGAGGAAAAAAUGGCCAGCUCCCCGAAGGGAGAAAUGGAGAAGGUGAAGGCCCCAAAGGAUCAGUGUUGGGAUCUAUGCUUUCAAACGAUCUAGAGUAAGCAGUGAGGUGUAUGAAGUAUGUUGAUGUCAACCAAUUGUUCAGGGCCAGUAAAACAAAGAGAAAUUGUGACGUGCUCCAAACGGACCUCUCCGAAUCGAGUGAAUGGGUGGUAAAAUUGCAAAUGUAAUUCAGUGAAAACAAGUUGAUAGACACUGGGGUCAAAACCCCUUAGUUUCACAAACAGUGGUACCUCGGGUUACAUACGCUUCAGGUUACAUACACUUCAGGUUACAGACUCCACUAACCCAGAAAUAGUACCUCGGGUUAAGAACUUUGCUUCAGGAUGAGAACAGAAAUUGUGCUCCGGUGGUGCAGCAGAAGCAGGAGGCCCCAUUAGCUAAAGUGGUGCUUCAGGUUAAGAACGGACCUCCGGAACGAAUUAAGCACUUAACCUGAGGUACCACUGUAUGUGCUCAUGGGAUCUGAACGGGCAGUGGCUGACCGAGAAUGAAACCUUGGGGUUGUAGUAGAUAGACGGAUAAAGAUGUCAACUCAGUGUGCGGCAGCUGUGUAAAAGACAAAUUCCAUGCUAGGGAUCGUUAGGAAAGGAACUGAAAACAAAACUGCCAGGACUCAGGAGGAUCAUAAUGUCAUUAUACAAAUCUAUGGUGUGAAAGGACUUAGAGUACUGGGCACAAUUCUGGCCGCCACACCUCAAAAAUGGUGCUGUGGGGUUGGAAAAGGCUCAGAAAAGGGCAACCCAAAAUGAUCAAUGAGUGAAGGUUGCAGCAUUUGGGACUUUCUAAUUUAGAGAAAAGGUGAUUGAGUUGUGACAUGAUAGAAGUUCAUAAAAUUUUGCACGGCAUGGAGAAAGUGGAUAGAAAAAAGUUUUCCCCCUCCCUCUCUCAUAAUGCUAAAAGUCGUGGGCAUUUUAUUUUUUUUAAAUUUUGUGCUGCCCUUCAUUGAAGGAUCUCAGAGUGGUUCAUGGAAUAAAAUACAAGAUAAAACACAAUGAAGAAUUAAAGCAAAACAACACAACAAUCGCCCCUUCUCACAGAUACAUUUAAAAGGCUGCAGGAUAUUAUUAUUAUUUUAUUUGCAUUUCUGAUACAUUACGAUGCAAAAACAAAACAAAACCUGAAAAUAAUUACAUAUUACAUAUUCUAUUACAUUAAAAAAAAUAAUACAGUCAUUGUCAGACUUCCCUUCCUCUCAAUACAUGGUUCCUUUUAACUUCCACUUCCUCUCAUGUCUUCUUAGUUUCCCCAGUCUUUCUCUGCUCUUCCCAUUAUCUCUAGUUCUAACUUACACUGCUGAAAAUAUUACCAUCCUGCUAGGCUAAUUGUCUGCUUAUAAUAUUUCUUCAUAUAAUCAGUAGAUAGUGUCCAGAACUUGUGGGCAUUCAGUGAAGCUAAAUGUUUAAAGAUUAAAAGGAAGUUCUUCUUCACAUAGUGCAUGGUUAAACUAUGGAACUCCCUGCCACAGCAGGCAGUGAUGGCCACCAAUUUGGAUGACUUUAAAAGAGGAUCAGAGAAAUUCAUGGAAGAGAGGGCUAUUGAUGGCCAGGGGCGUCACAAGGGGGGUGCAGGGCAUGCGACCAGCCCCGGGUGUCAUGCUGGGAUGUGUGUGUUAGUUUCUGUUUCUCACUGUGCAGCUGCUUGCAGUCACAGGACUGUGUUUACAUUCCAGGGAUUCCAGACUGUUGGAGUCUCACGGGAAAGGGAGAUGGGAUGUGACGUUACUGGUUUCCUGUUUCCUUUGUUCUUUUGUUUCCUUUGUACAGUUGCUCUCUGCUCUCAUAGAGAGAAGAUGUAUAUUCCUUUGCUCUCUGCAUAGCGUAGUAAUAAAGCAUAGCAUGUAGCCCAUAUCUAUCUCAUCCUUCCGUUGUGUUGUUUUAAUGCUCUGCUGGGAGGGCUUGGAGGAAGAUGAGCCUUAUCAGUUCGGACGAACGGAGCUGAAAUCCCAAUAGUGUGUGUGACAAAAUCCCCUGGGCGGAUUGGCGUGGUGGUGCUCACACCCCCAGCAGGUGGAUUUUCGCGAUUGUCAUGAAAAUCUGCCCACUGAUUGCGCAAAUACGCCUGGCGUGCGGUGCUGGCUGCCAGAGAUGCACCUCCCGGAGGCCGCGUGCAUGCCCUGGGAUGUAGAACUUUGCGGGUGCCUGGGCGCCCAUGGCCCUGCAUAGAUGGCGCCUAUGUGUUUGAGGCUUGAUGGUGAGCUUGUCUCUUGAGCUAGUCUCUUCGUGGGUGUUUCCUUCUGCUUGUCUCUCUAGCCAUGGCCCCAAAGAAACCUGCAGCGCCAGAAAAGCCAGAGGAGCCACCAAAACCACCUCCCGGGAAGCUCAAAUGGACAUUCUAUUCCACCUUUGGAACCAUCUGCGUUAUCAGCUUCUUCACUAUGCUUGUUCUCUGUAAGUCCAGCUCGAGCUGCUGUUGUGCAACCUCUGUUGAAUAAGCUGCGCUGCCUGCUUUCUCUUGCCACGCACUAGAAUCGCCGCAGGAGGAUUAAACAAACCAACCUGCGUUUGGCACGCACAAAAACCGUGGACCAGUUUGCCUGUGGCAUUGCUUCACUCUGUACGUGCCAACACCAGUUUACUCCCAUCUUCGGAAUUUGCACGUUUCCAAAUGCCACACGGUGCCCCUUCUGCACUUGUAAGAAGCCACUCGUUUAGCGUGGUGGCACCUGAACUUUGGAACUCCUCGCCUAUUAAUAUUAGGCAGGUACCAUCUUCUUUGAGGGAUGUGGGUGGCGCUGUGGGUUAAACCACAGAGCCUAGGACUUGCCAAUCAGAAGGUCGGUGGUUCGAAUCCCCGCGACGGGGUGAGCUCCCGUUGCUCGGUCCCAGCUCCUGCCAACCUAGCAGUUUGAAAGCAUGUCAAAGUGCAAGUAGAUAAAUAGGUACCACUCCGGCGAGAAGGUAAAUGGCGUUUCCGUGCGCUGCUCUGGUUCACCAGAAGCGGCUUAGUCAUGCUGGCCAUGACCCGGAAGCUGUACGCCGGCUCCCUUGGUCAAUAAAGCGAGAUGAGCGCCACAACCCCAGAGUCGUCCGCGACUGGACCUAAUGGUCAGGGGUCCCUUUACCUUUACCAUCUUCUUUGAGACACCUGGCAAAAACACAGUGGCGUAGUGUGGGGUGGAGAGAGGUGACAUGGCCCCGGGCGCAGAAUUCUGAGGGGGCGCAACCUGGCUCCCUCACCAAGGCUGUGUGACUGUUGCCUUCUGGAGCCAUGGGGAGGUGAGCUGCACCUAGGCCAGGUCUUUGGGGCUGUGAAGGUGCCUCCUUCUCCUCAUGGCUGGUGAAUGGACACCUGUCCCUGGGUGGAACUUCCACUGGCCGGAGCCCAGACUUUCCCCAGCUUGUGCCAGUCUUUCCGUAGGGCCUCCAUCUCAGCAUGUGUCCUUGGGCAGGCAAGUACCUUGCAGUGGGAGCAUAGUGGUGAGGGAACUGUGUGUAUAUUGCUUUUGAUCGUUGCUUUAUUCAUCAAACCUUUUAUUGGCAUCACAUACAACAUCCAAAACAAAUCAGUACAGAAUUACCACUUUCCCAGUGGCACAAAACAUUUGCUAAAAGAAAGGAGGCAGAGCAGUCUAUCGUCACAUCUCUUGGUCUCCAGGGAGAUCAGAUGUCUGCAGCGUAUUUCGACCACAAAAAACCAAAUAGAGAUAUUUAGCCACUAACUUGGUGAGCUCCUGAUCAUUCCCCAGUAAUAGAAAAUGUAUGACCUCCGACUCUGGUUUCCAUUUGGGGAUACAGAGUUGAUCUAGAAAUUGCUGGCGGAGAUCAGCACAUAGUUUACAACUGAGAACCAUAUUUGUAAGGGUUUCCACCAGGUGGUCUUCACCUGGGCAAGUUCUUUCUCCUUCCACCCUGCCUGAGAACCUUUCCCAAAGGAGGUUUGAUGGAUUUGAAUUAAACCUGGCCAGCGAAAAUGCCCUUCUUUCUUGAGGGUUAAGCAGAAAUUCAAGGUAAUUGUGGUUAGUUUCAUGUGCCCAAGAAAGUUGGAAAUAAAGAGGGGAACAUGUUUUCUCUGCUGCUACUGUUAGUUCUUGGCGUUCAAUAUCCCACAACCUAGUUUUUAUUAUAGCCUUGGCAGAUGGUAGGGACAUCGAUCACAAAAGUUCCACUGACAACCCAAGUUGCUGUACCUCCUUGUUAAACUGUUGUAGCCCUGGGGAAAGAAAGGGGUCUGACAAGACUUUGCUGAGGAGAGGAUCUUUAUCUGAUGUAAGGCAGAUGUUUAACCAGCAUAGAAGAAAUCUCAACCAGGCGACAGUCUCUACCUUGUGUUGACCUCCCUCCAGAUACAAGGCUGCAUAGGGUACACAGCGUGAGACAGUAAAAAUCUUGAAAAGGAAAGCUGCCUGCACUUGUUCUACCAACUGGGUAAACCCUGGCAGCCAGACUGGAAUACCAUAGAGCUUUAUUGAGAUUGCUUCAUUCUUAUUUUUUAAAAGCCAGCCUGAACAUUUUGUCAUGGGAAUUUUGUCAUAAUAAUGUACAGACAUUAUUAAUAAGUAAGCAGAUAUUAGGCAGCUGGAAAUCUAAGCACCCUCCCUUGUUUCAACAACUUUAGAUAUCAAGUUGAUCACAGAUUCCGAAAACCCGCUUCUAUUACCAAUGAAAAAACUGAGGAUCAAUAUGGCAGAUGGGCUCAGGAAUCCGAAGAUCGCUCACACGUCUCGUAAGUGGAACAGAAAGACUGGUUAAUUUCUCAUUGGUUUAAAAAUAGCUGCCCACUUUUAAAAUCUCAGAAGAAAGUAAAAUGGAAGAAUCUUCUGAAGGUGGAGAGGAUGUAAUCUUAAAGGCACAAUCCUCCACAUGUGCUGAGACUGUCUGCUGCUUAAAGGUUUCAGGAUUCAAUUUUUUUCAUUGUCAUCCUUAAGGGGCAACAUCUUGUACCCGAUCCCAUGUUAGCCCUGCUUUCAAAAGAAAACAAUAUCAAUGCAAGUGUCAAACAUAAAGAGUUAGUCUUCUUUCUUAUGAUAGCAGUGAGACAAGUAGUUGCUUCCAGCUGAGGGGAAAAGCACCCUUUCCCACCACAGAAACUUGCAACCAGUAUGUGUGAAAUAGAACAGUUAUGGAAUGCCAAACUCACCAUAAAUGAUAAAAGGAAUAACAUAGAAGGAUAGGUUUGGCUCCCUAUGGUCUCAGUUUAUAUCGUUUAGUAACAAUAAUACAGUACUUUCCCAUCUCAGUCACAGAAUCCACUAGGGAGAAAUUAUCCUAGCGCUUAAAAUUGAAGUGCAUGAUGUGGAUUUAAUAGAAUAGAAUAGGAUAGAAUAGAAUUUAUUAUUUAUACCCUGCCCAUCUGGCUGGGUUUCCCCAGCCACUCUGGGCGGCUUCCAACAAAGUAUUAAAAUACAGUGGUCUAAAAAAUGUAUAUAUAUAUAUAUAUAUAUAUAUAUAUAUAUAUAUAUAUAAAUACAGUGGUCUGUUACACAUUAAAAGCUUCCCUAAACAGGGCUGCCUUCAGAUGUCUUCUAAAAGUCUGGUAGUUGUUCUUCUCUUUGACAUCUGGUGGGUGGGCUUUCCACAGGGCAGGCGCCACCACUGAGACGGCCCUCUGCCUGGUUCCCUGUAACUUGGCUUCUCGCAAUGAGGGAGCCGCCAGAAGGCCCUCGGCGCUGGACCUCAGUGUCUGGGCAGAACGAUGGGGGUGGAGACGCUCCUUCAGGUAUACCGUAUUUUUCGCCCUAUAGGACGCACCAGCCCAUAGGACGCACCUAGGUUUUUUUUCGGGGGGGGGGGAAAUAAAGAAAAAAAAAUUAUUCCCCACCCCGCGCUCUGGCCAGCAGGCUGCUAUCCGCAGCCUAGGGAGCCCUGCAGGAACUCCUGCGGGCUCCCCAGGCUUGCUGAUAGCUUCCUGAAGCCUGGAGAGCGAGAGGGGUCGGUGUGCACCGACCCCUCUCACUCUCCAAGCUUCAGCGAAAGCCUGCAUUCGCCCCAUAGGACGCACACAGAUUUCCCCUUCAUUUUUGGAGGGGGAAAAGUGCGUCCUAUAGGGCGAAAAAUACGGUAAUCGGUAAUAUAAAAGAUUUCCCAUGGUGACAUGUGGGUCAAGGCUUAACACCUGGAAGGCAGCACUUCAUCCUGGAAGGCAGCACUUUAUGCUUGGUAAUUGUUUAAAUAUUGUUUAUAAAACAUUCUAUAAAGUUUGUAAUUUAAAGAAGAAAAGAACAACUUGCUUGCUCCCCUUAUCUAAUAUUCAUUCUGGCUUCUUUGAUAAUUUUCUUGCUGUUUUCUUGCUGUUGCAGACAUUGCUUUCAGCACUUAAUGGUUCAGGUAGGUAGCCGUGUUGGUCUGACGCAGUCGAAAUAAAUAUUUUUAUUAAAAAAAUUGUCCAGUAGCACCUUAGAGACCAACUAAGUUUGUUCUGGAUAUAAGCUUUCGUGUGCAUGCACACUUCUUCAGAUACACUUCAGUGCAUGCACACGAAAGCUUAUACCCAGAACAAACUUAGUUUGUCUCUAAGGUGCUACUGGACAAUUUUUUAUUUUAGCACUUAAUGGUUUUAGUUUUAUGAGGAGGGGGAAGGUUGUGCAUUGCUGUUGUUUUUCCGGGGGAUAUGGUGUUUUGUUUUAUACCUGACUUGUUGACUCCCUUGGGCACCCUACAUUGUGAGAUAGGAAGACAGGUUAUUUAAAUAAACUAGCAAAUGCAUCUGUGUAUAUAGGUUGGUGAUAGCGAAAAAUAAACUCCUAACUCUAAGAAUGUUUUUAGCCAUAGCUUUAGCAGAAGAAGUGGCAAAGUUGCCAGCAAAAAUAGAACAAUCGGAAAAAACCUUCCAAGCACGGAAAGGAAAGUACAGUAAGUAUCUAAAUGUCUAAAUACGAAUGAAUUGAAAAAGAUGUUUAAGAUAACUUUUAUUAAGAACCCAGAGGCCUUGCUUUUGGGAAUUAUGGGACUAGUGUUACCUAAAUAAUAUAAAAAUGUAUUUAUGUAUGCAACCACGGCCGCUUGAAUGAUAUUUGCCCAAAGAUAGAAAGAAGAAAAUGUUCUGACUAAAGAGGAAUGGAAACAGAAACUACUGGACUAUGCAGAAAUGGAAAAACUCACUGGAAGAAUAAGAAACCAAGAUGACAAAGUUUUUUAAAAUAAAAAAUGGAAAUAGUUUAUUGAAUAUAUUAUAAGAUUAUUGUAAACAGAUCAAGACAUUAAAGGAUUAAUGUAAAAAUGUUCAGUGAUAUAAAACGUACAUUGGAUACAUUGGAUAAAUAAUAAAUAGGUUUAAUUUGGAAAUGCAGUAAAAAUAUCAUAAACAUAAGGAACUGCAGAAAGAGGGGGAGGGGUGUCGAAAUAGGACACAUGUAAUAAGUUGCUUUUUAAGGGAUUUCGCUUUUGUUUGUUGUAAAAUGAAAAUUAUAAUUUAACAAAUAAAUGUCUAAAUCUGACCCAUCUUGAAAAUACAAGGGCGAGCAAAUAUAUGUGAGUUGAAGUUUGUCUGUCACAUGCUCUGAUUACAGCAUGGGAAAUUGGCAGCCCAUUAACUGUCACCAAAAUCAAAGAAUACCUUAAAUGAAAGUUAAAUGCUGAUAAUCAGAGUUUACGGUGGGCUCAGGAACCAAACUCUAUUGGGGAUUAAUAACUAGAAGAUUUGAAACAGCCCUGUAUAGUCUUCAGUCCAGUUCGCAGUGAUAUUUUCUCCCCCAUGGGCCUUCUAAGAUGCUCAGGAAAGGAACUGUUCCAAGGUCUCAUCUGUUUAUUUUGUUGUUGCAGGGGUUUGUUUGUUUGCUUUGUGUGUGUGUCAGUCUGAAUUAUGCCAAGUCUCUUCUGAUACUUGGGGUGUUGCAGCCAGUGAGGUUAGAAUAUGACAAGAGGAGUUUGUUGAACGGGUCAGACAUUGGCCUUACCUGGCCACAUAGGUGUCCUUAUCAGCAUCCCAAAAGAAUGGGCUAUGCUGCCAGAGCUACAACUAAGUGAUAGUGCCCCACAUUAAUGGGUGGGUUUCCCCCUCCCCAAUUGUCAGGUGGAGAGAACAACAGGAGCGCAGUGUGUGUGACUGAGGAAAAAGAAGACUAGAAGCUAGAGAUGCAGAAGAGGCAAGAGAUUUUGCACUAGAAUAAUAGAACUGUAGAGCUGGAAGGGACCAUCAGGGUCAUCUAGUCAAUGUAGGAAUCUUUUGCCCAACGUGGGGCUCAAACCCACAACCCUGAGAGUAAGAGUCUCAUGCUCUACAGGCUGAGCCGUCUUAGUACUAAUGCUGCGAGCCCCUCAGCCUCGUGCUCAGGGGACUCCUGUCUUCCACUGCCUCCCGCAGUUUGGUCAAACUCAUGCUGGUAGCUUCAAGAACACUGUCCAACCAUCUCGUCCUCUGUCAUCCCCUUCUCCUUGUGCCCUCCAUCUUUCCCAACAUCAGGGUCUUUUCCAGGGAGUCUUCUCUUCUCAUGAGGUGGCCAAAGUCUUGGAGCCUCAGCUUCAGGAUCUGUCCUUCCAGUGAGCACUCAGGGCUGAUUUCCUUCAGAAUGGAGAGGUUGGAUCUUCUUGCAGUCCAUGGGACUCUCAAGAGUCUCCUCCAGCACCAGAAUUCAAAAGCAUCAAUUCUUCGGCGAUCAGCCUUCUUUAUGGUCCAGCUUUCACUUCCAUACAUCAGUACUGGGAAAACCAUAGCUUUAACUACGGUACAUGGACCUUUGUUUUUUGUUUAAAAUAAUAUUUAUUAAGAGUUUAAAAGUUACCAAAAAAAAGAAAAAGAGUUAAACAAAGCAAAGAAGCAAAAAGAAACAACAAACAAAAAACAACACAAUACAAUGCAAGACAAAUAAAACAAAACAAAGACCAUUUUAAACAAUUUCAAUGUAAUAUCUUUCAUUCGCUUAUUUCCACGACUUCCUCACACCCCCUUUUUGUAUUCCACAUCAAUUAAUUAUUUCAGCAAUUCCUUUCCAUCUUCCUCUGUUUUCUAUCCUAUAAUUAUCUUAACACAUUCUAACCUUAUUUUAUUCCCUUUAAUGCUCAACUAAUCUAUUUAUACUUAAUUCCUUAUAACAUUUCUGCUAAAGCCAUAUAACUUCAUUCCCACUUUGUUCUAACAUUCAUUAAUUUUGCAGUAUUUCUAUAAAUAGUCUUUAAACUCCCAGUCUUCUUCCACCAGCAAUUCUCCCUGGUCUCCGAUUCUGCCGAUUCUCUCAGCCAGCAAAAAGCAGAUGAUUCACAACAAAAUUUAGAGGUCUGGCAGGGCAAGUCCACCUCCUUCUUUAGCAUCCGUUAAUAUCUUAAAUUUUACUCGAGGCUUCCUGCCCUGCCAUACAGAUCUAGAGACAUCCCUCUGCCACCUCCUGAAACAAUCCCUUCCAUCCAAAACUUGCAAUGUUUGAAACAAAAGCAACAUCCCCGACCUCACCGCAACCCUUGUCCCCACCACAGCAACUCGGCCCAACAAUAGCAACUUCCAAUUUAGCCCUAUUUCCAAAUCCCCCUUGUCUUCAAGCCAACGUCCUUCACAGUUGCCCUUGAAUAAAUUCACAUUUCUGGCGGUCAUACUAACCCCCCAAUACCUCUCUUUCUCAACCAAUGUUAGUCCUAUCUCCUCCUGAAACUCUAUCAAGGUUUCCUUUUCCUCGGGUAGGGCUCUGAUCCUCAAUUUCAUCUGUUUCUCUUUAAGUUCAGUCAUAUCAGGUGUCAGCUCGUAUUCAUCAAAUCAUCCUUGUAUGGAUGGGACUCUCUCUCUCUCCAGUUGAAUUACUUUAACUUCAGCAGCGAGGGUUUUCUCCUUAACUUCAUCCGCAGUUUGCCGUAUCAGGAUAGAUUCCUGUAUCAAUUUCUGGGUGGUUUCUGUAUUGAUAUUCACCUUUUGUCCCAGGUUAUUUAAACUUUCUACCAUUAAAUCAUUUUUAAUAUUUGCAGCAUCCACUUUCAUAUUUAUCACAUCCAUUUUCUUGUGAAGCUGUUCCAGCGAAUAAUUUAUUUUCACUAGUACAAUCACUAAGGCCUCUUCUGGUGACAUUCCAUCUUUCGCAUCUGCCAUAACACUCAAUAGAUUCAAGGUCAACUCACAGUCUCACGGUUUUUAUCUUACAACUGGAAAUUUCCCAGCCCAGAUCUUAUGUAGCCACCAGUUUCAAGAACUUCCACUAGAGGGAAACAGUUUCUAUUUGUAUUGAUAAGUAAUAUCCUCUUAAAGCACAGUUCAAACGACCGCAAACUAAUUUCAAUUUUCAGUUACUUUCACUGCUGGAAACAGAAGAAACAAUGUAUCUUCUCUUAUGCUAGCUGUCAACACGAUCCAAGCACUGUCAAUAAACGUCUCACCAAAACGUCGGACCUUCUAGCAGCCCGUUCCCAGGGUCCGAGCGGCGGUGUUUUACCUCUCUUGGUCUCUUCCGCAGGCAAACUCAGUUGACAACUUCCCUCCCCCCUCUUCUCCUGCCUCCAAGGGGGGGAUUAUAUUCUUUACUUAUGGAAAUUUAGUCUUUUACAAAAGGCUUUCCAAGACUUCAGCUUGCAGCCUCCAUUGCUUCAGUCUAUUUACAAAAGGGGAAGGCGGACUUCCUGUAUUGAACCUUCCCCGUUUCGAUGCCAAAUUAGACUUUUUUUUUAAAAAAAUCCAAUUUUCCCAAUUAAGCUCUACUCACGGGUAGUUACUUUAGAGUCAAAUUGUCCACAGGAAAAAGUCAGCACUCUCCGACAACAGCUAUGUGGCUUCGCUCCGUGGAAGAAGCAGAUGAUUCGAAGCACCGCGCCGCUCACCCCACGUCGCUCUGGAUCCCCGAAACCGGGUUUCCCCGCGAGUGGGGGAGGCGCAAAGGGUGCCCGCCGAAUCCCACGCUCACAGGCUUCUCCCGCCUGUGAUUUUUAACGGGUCUCCGCCUUCGCCGUGGUGGCCAGACCCAGAUUUCCACGGAGCUGAUUCCUCCCGAUCAGAGGAAUCCAGCCAUUGCCAGAGGCGCCUCCCCGGAAGUCCCGGUACAUGGACCUUUGUUGUAUAUAUGUGUAAAUAAAACUAUAUGCCAUAAAGAUAGAGCAGUCUCCCCUAACCUUCGUUCCAGGAGAUCCAAACCCUGGGUAACCUCUCCUACUCUUUCACCCUUAAAUGGCACCUUACUCCCAUCCACCCCAUACUGCCCGUUUGUUUCAUUCUUCCUUCCUGGUCCUUUCACUUUCACUUUGUCCUGUAGCAACUUCCCUCUCUUAGCUCAUUUCUCUCUAUCUCCCGUGGUACCUUGGUUUACAAACAGUCUGGAUUGCAUACGUUUUGGAUUACAAACACGUCAAACCCAGAAGUGCGUGUUAGUUUCUGUGUGUUGCCACUGUGCAGUGCUCUUGGAGUCACAAGACUCUGUUUUGCAUUCCAAAGAUUCCAGGCUGUUGGAAUUCUCACAGAAGACAGGAGACAGAUGUGAUGUUGCUGGUUUCCUGUUCCUUUGUUGUUCGGUUGCUCUCUGCUCUCACAGAGAGAGGAUGUAUUUUAUUUUCUGUUUGCGUAGUUAGGAAUAAAACGCUCUUUAGCCAUGUAGCUUAUGCUAUCUUGGCUCCUUCCCUGUGCUGGAUACUCUGCAUAAAGGGGAAACAUGCUUGAAGCCUCAUCAAAGGCUCAAGUCGUUAAUCACGUCGGAGGAGCUCGGGUGAACGCAAGUCCGACAGUGCGUGUCCCAGUUUGCAAACUUUUUUUUAAUUACAACCCAUUUUUUUUUUGGAUUAUGAACAAAUUUUUUUGGGAGGCCCCAUUAGCGAAAGCGCGCCUUGGGUUACAACCUGUUUUGGUUUACAAAAGGACCUCCGGAAAGGAUUAUGGUUGUAAACCAAGGUACCACUGUAUUAAUACCAUCAGCGCCUACUUUCAGCUCACUUUCUAAUUUCCUUCAACACUUCCUCUGGCCUUUUCCCCUCCGAUGAGGUAGACCUUCUUUCCAUCCUUGAACGUCUCUGUCUCCCAGCCACCUUCACAGCGAGAUAGGGAGCUGUUGGUGCUGGCUUGGUCCAGACAAUGAGUGGAGCAGGUGAGUGAUGAGGCAAUGGGCAGACUUUGGCAGAGAGGUCCACCUAAGAGUGGUCCAAGUUCUACUGGUGGGCCCCAGCCCACAGUUUGAGAAGCCUUGUCCUAAGAGCACCAGGGAGACAUUCUUCACCAAUCUCAGAAUAGAAUGGAAGAAUAGAAUUUAUUAUUUAUACCCUGCCCAUCUGGCGGCUUCCAACAAAGUAUUAAAAUACAGUGGUCUGUUAAACAUUAAAAGCUUCCCUAAAGAGGGCUGCCUUCAGAUGUCUUCUAAAAGUCUGGUAGUUGUUCUUUUCUUUGACAUCUGGUGGGAGGGUGUUCCACAGGGCGGGUGCCACCAUCGAGAAGGCCCUCUGCCUGGUUCCCUGUAAUUUGGCUUCUCGCAGUGAGGGAACCGCCAGAAGGCCCUCGGCGCUGGACCUCAGUGUCCGGUCUGAACGAUGGGGGUGGAGAUGCUCCUUCAGGUAUACUGGGCCUUUGAGGCCAUUUAGGGCUUUCAAGGUCAGCACCAACACUUUGAAUUGUACUUGGAAACGUACUGGGAGCCAGUGUAAUAAUAAUAAUAAUAAUAAUAAUAAUAAUAAUUUUUUAUUUAUACCCCGCCCUCCCCAGCCAAGGCCGGGCUCAGAGUGGCCCAGAGUGUAGGUCUUUGAAGACCGGUGUUAUGUGGUCUCGGCAGCCGCUCCCAGUCACCAGUCUAACUGCCACAUUCUGGAUUAGUUGUAGUUUCUGGGUCACCUUCAAAGGUAGCCCCACAUAGAGCGCAUUGCAGUAGUCCAAGCAGGAGAUAACUAGAGCAUGCACCACUCUGGUGAGACAGUCUGCGGGCAGGGAGGGUCUCAUCCUGCGUGCCAGGUGAAGCUGGGAGACAGCUGCCUUGGACACAGAAUUGACUUGCGCCUCCAUGGACAGCUGUGAGUCCAGAAUGACUCCCAGGCUGCGCACCUGGUCCUUCAGGGGCACAGUUACCCCAUUCAGGACCAAGGAGUCCUCUACACCUGCCCGCCUCCUGUCCCCCAAAAACAGUACUUCUGUCUUGUCAGGAUUCAACCUCAAUCUCAGGAUUCAACUUCAACCUCAGCACCCUUCCUGGCCUACAGAACCUCUUCCAAUGCAGAGGGUUCCAUUAGCCACCCUAACCUCAAAUAUGGUGAUGAUAAACAGCCCUGAAGUGCUUAUCAAAAACUACUCACUUGAUCCUUUGCAAUGGAAACACUAUUGAUAUAAUGUUUAUUCUCACUGGGGUUCUUUCCUUCCUCCAAGAAGCUCAGAACAGCAUGCAUUAGAUCCCCCAUUUUGUCCCUGCAACAAUCCCAUGAAGUACAGAAAGGAAUAUGAGAAUAACCUCAGGUAACCCAGAAUGCCUAAGGCCUGAGCAGGGAUGUCAACCCCUUGCUCAAAUAUUUUUUAUUUGUUUUUAAACCCAAACAAAAAUACAAUAACCACGAAACACUUAUCUAGUAGCCUAUCUCAUUGUGUCUGUUUUAUCCAUGGACUGAGAGGAGAUAUGAUAGACACCUUCAAAUAUCUGAAGGUCUGUCACAUGGAAGAGGGAGCAUGCUCUGGAGGGUAGGACUUGAACCCAGGGCUUCAAGUUACAAGAAAGGAGAUUCUGACUAAACAUGAGGAAGAACAUUCUGACAGUAAGAGCUGUUAGAAAGUGGAACAGUCUCCCUCAGGAGGUUAUGGACUCUCCUUUCUUGGAGGUUUUAAAGCAGAGGUUGACUGGCCAUCGGUCAUGGAUUAUUUAGCUGAGUUUCCUGCAUCGCAGGGGGUUGGACUAGAUGACCCUCGGGUCCCUUCCAACUCUACAAUUCUAUGAUUCUAUGAAUGAAUAAACCAAGAUUUCAAAAGCCCUUCCAGCAUAUACUCAAUUCAAUGCCUGCUAUUUCAAAAGCCUUUCUUUUCCUCCCAGAAGACCUCUUCAAGAAAGGUAAACCGAAGACUGCUGGUGGCUGGGAUUUUUUUGGGAAGAGUUUCUACUACAUUUCUAAUGAGGAAAAGACCUGGCAUGAUGCCGAGAGCUUCUGCCUGACUAGAGACUCCCACUUGGCCUCCAUCCUAAGUGACGAAGAACAGGUCUUAUAUGUUUCUUUUCCCCCUCCUCACCCCUUGAUAUUUGGGAGUCAAAGUGUAUUGUUCUGUCCACCCCUGUUCUUCUUACUUUCACAUGCAAAUAUUUCAUGACCCACAAAGUGCAACUCCUUGCAUUAUCUGUGCUUUAUUUAUGAUGCUUGAAUGCUAACGCAUAACGUAAAGCUUACUUUAUAUUCCAGUUAUUUUUUGCUUGAUGGAAGACAUGGAACUAGUGCUUUUUCCCCCCUUAAAAAAUGUUUAGGGUUAUUCUCAUUUUCCUACUCGUAUUGAAUACUGCCCCUCAAUGAGGCCAAACUUUGAUUCACAAAAUGUUUAGGGGUAUGCGCACCCCAACAGAAAAAAAGUACUGCACGAAACUAUUAAAAAAAGAAAUGUAUCUACAGUGGUACCUUGGGUUAAGUACUUAAUUCGUUCUGGAGGUCCAUUCUUAACCUGAAACUGUUCUUAACCUGAAGCACCAAUUUAGCUAAUGGGGCCUCCUGCUGCUGCCGCACCGCCGGAACACAAUUUCUGUUCUCAUCCUGAAGCAAAGUUCUUAACCUGAAGCACUAUUUUUGGUUUAGCGGAGUCUGUAACCUGAAGCAUAUGUAACCUGAAGCGUAUGUAACCCGAGGUACCACUGUAUAUAAAUACAAUACACCACACACACUCCAGAAGUUCAGAAACAAAACAGAACACCCCCAGAGGUUAAAAAAUAGAGGCCCAGACUCAGCAGUGUCGUGUGCCUGGUUGGCACCUGGUUGGCACCUUGGGGGAGCAGGCACAGGGGCGUAGGAAUUGGGGGCGGUUGGGGCAGGCCGCCCCAGGUGUCAUCCCUGAGGGGGGUUGACAAAAUCCCCCUGGGCAGAUCGCCACAGCACUGAUCGCACCCCCCAGCGGAUCGCCCAGCUCCUGGGUGCAUGGCAUGUGUGCUACUCCGGGUGCCCGAGCGGCUAGCUCUGUCGCUGGGCAGGCACACACCCCAGGGCAAUACCUUGACCUUCCUGUUCUGGGUGCAUGUAUGUUACAUCUUCCUCACACAGCCCUAGAACAUCGCAAAGAGGCAACAAGCAUGCUGCCCUACCAGGCCCGUGCCGCUUUGCGAUGCUCUAGGGCUGUGUGAGGAAGAUGUAGCGCCCAGAACAGGAAGGUCAAGGUAUUUCACAUCUGGCAAAACCAAGGAGCCCCUUUGGUUAUGGAUAGUAGAGGAGUAGAUGAGUCUUAAAAGGCUAAAAUGUGUAUACAGUGGUACCUCUGGUUGCAAAUGGGAUCUGUUCCGGAGGCCCGUUUGCAACAUGAGCAGAACGCAACCCAUGUCUGCACGUCUGCGCGUGCGCGGGUCGUGAUUCGCCACUUCUGCGCAUGAGAGUGACGUCAUUUUGCACGUCUGUGCAUGUGCGAGCGGCAAAACCCGGAAGUAACCCUUUCUGUUACUUCCGGGUCACCGCAGGAUGCAACCCUAAAACGCGCAACCUGAAGCAAAUGUAACAUGAGGUAAGACUGUACUCGAUUUUGACCAAACUCAGUCUCCCAGAGCAAAACAUACAUCAGGAGGCUUACUUUGGUCCAAAUUGUUUUUACACUUCCAGAGUUAACGCUAAAUACAUUGCUUCUGGUAGAUGAGUCCCCCAAGCCACCAUUUUUCCAAUGAAAAUAGGGACGUCCCGUUCCAUAAAGAAAAUUUUCCUAUUCAUACCCCUCCCAUCUGACUGAGUUGCCCCAGCCACUCUGGGCAGCUUCCAACCUAUAUAAGGUAAAGGUACCCCUGACCAUUAGGUCCAGUUGCCGACGACUCUGGGGUUGAGGUUCUUGGAGAACUGCAAAUGGAUGACAGUGAGGUAGCAGAUGGUGGUGGUGACAGAAUUAAUGCAAUACCUGUGCAGCGGCUUUCAAAUUGUGUCCUCGAGAACCUAAGUUCCAUGGCAGCUUAAGACCGGGACCUUCAGUUGGAAGAUGAAAAAGAGGCUUUUGUGAAAUUCACUUCUCCACCGCUACUGAAAUUUCUUAUAGUGAGUCACCACAAGAAAAUGUCGGGCAAAUUCUCCAGCAUGUUCCCACUUAACGUAGGGUGAAAUUAAACAGGUUCCUAGCAAGAAAGGUUGAGGUGAUUCCUGAAAUGUGUUAUUUAUGCAAUUCAGAUUGCUUUGCCAGUAUGCACAAUACUGUAUUGGCCCAAAUAUAAGCCUCAAGCAAAAAUAACCCGCACAUUUAAAAUUCAUGGAGGGGAAAAAAAAGACAGUACCCAGAUAUUAGCAGCUCCUUUAAAAUUCACUCACACCUGUUCCGUUUUACUGCAUGUCUGUUUCAGCAGCGAUAUCGUAAAAGCCAAUUUUAGUAAGGUCGCAAAUUUAAGCCGUACUUUAACUUUUCACGGUCAGAAUUUGGGGGGGAGGGGGAGGAAGUGCGACUUAUAUUUGGGCCCAUACGGUACUUAUGCUUCAGUAGCUGAGUUUGGGCAUUUUGUCAUGUGAGGUUGUUCCUUCCUCCUGCAGAACUACCUCACCUCUCAGCUCAGUGAUCCUACCUGGAUUGGCCUUACAGAUGAAAACGAGGAAGGCAACUGGAAAUGGACAGAUGGCUCCAGAACUAAAGCACAGUGAGUCUUCAAAAGUUUGCUCAACUUCAAAAGUGGUGUAGGACCCUCAUUCUUCUGCUUUGGUAGACCUAGCUUCUCUGUCUCUCCAGUUUAAUGGCCUAGGACCCUCGUACCUACGGGACCGCCUCUCCUGGUAUGCCCCACGGAGGACCUUAAGGUCCAUAAAUAGCAACACCCUAGAGGUCCCGGGCCCUAAGGAAGUCAGAUUAGCCUGAACCAGAGCCAGGGCCUUCUCAACACUGGCCCCAGCCUGGUGGAACACUCUGCCUCAUGAGACCAGGGCCCUGCGGGAUCUGAUUUCUUUCUGCAGGGCCUGCAAGAAAGAGUUGUUCCGCCUGGCCUUUGGCUUGGAAUCCACUUGAUCCCCUCCCCCUCUUUCAUUUUUCCUUUCUCCUUCUGUGAUGGAACUCCUAUUAGGGGACUUCCCUGGCUUUUUUUCUGACCCACGUAGGACCAGCCUUGGUGAAGACUUGACGUUUUCAUCCCCAAAAAGUUUUUGAUUUGAGUUUCUAUCGAAAUGAGGCUGCAUUUUAAAGUUGUGUUUUAUUUUUUUUUUUUUUUUUUUUAAAGCAAUUUAUUGGAUUUUACAAUAGGAAUAAAUGUAAUAAACAAUAUAACAUUCGUCUUAACAUAGUUUCACAUUUUCUUUGGACUUCCUCACAUCUCCCGCUCCCACCUUCAUCAUUAUAACAUUUUGUCAGCAAUUUAUCAUCUUAUUUAAAUUCUUAUAUCUCUUCGAUAUUUCAUGAUCUUAUAGUUCUCAUAAAGAGUUAAACUUUCACAGUUUUUCUUAUUUUCUUAAAAACUUCUAGGUUAAGUGGUGCUCAGUUAUUUAGUCAAGCAUCUUAUUCAGCAUUCAGUCAAAUCACAAUGUUUUUGUAGGUAGUUCUUAAAUUUCUUCCAAUCCUCCUCGAUUCUCUCUUCUCCCAGGUCACGGAUUCUGCCAGUCAUUUCAGCCAGUUGCAUAUAGUCUAUCAGUUGCAUCUGCCAUUCUUCCAGUGUGGGUAGAUCUUGAGUUUUCCAAUGUUUUGCGAGUAGUAUCCUUGCUGCUGUUGUUGCAUACAUAAAAAUGUUUGGUCCUUCUUUGCCACCCCUUGGCUGACAAUACCCAAAAGGAAAGCCUCUGGUUUCUUAGUGAAAGUAUAUUUAAAUACCUUUUUCAAUUCAUUAUAAAUCAUUUCCCAGAACGCCUUCACUUUAGGGCAGGUCCACCAGAGGUGAAAGAACGUUCCUUCACACUCUUUACAUUUCCAACACUUGUUAUCAGACAGGUGGUAAAUUUUUGCAAGUUUGACUGGGGUCAUAUACCAUCUAUAAAUCAUUUUCAUUACAUUUUCUUUCAAAGCAUUACAUGCAGUAAAUUUCAAUCCAUUACUCCACAGCCUUUCCCAGUCCUCAAACAUAAUAUUAUGCCCAAUAUCCUGUGCCCACCUUAUCAUAGCCGAUUUAACCAUUUCAUCUUGUGUAUUCCAUUCCAACAGCAAGUUAUACAUCCUUGAAAGUAUCUUAGUCUUUGGUUCUAACAAUUCUGUUUCUAGUUUCGAUUUCUCCACCUGGAACCCUAGUUUCUUGUCAUUUUUAAAAACUUCUUUAAUCUGAGCAUAAUGUAACCAAUCUCGCACUUUGUCUUUCAUUUUCUCCAAACUCUGCAAUUUCCAAUUGUCUCCCUCUUUUUCUAGUAUUUCCCAAUAUUUUGGCCAUUUGGCCUCCAUAUUGGGUCUUUUUCGGGCCUUAGCUUCCAAAGGUGAAAGCCACCUUGGUGUUUUAUUUUCCAGCAAGUCUUUAUAUUUUGUCCAGACAUUAAACAGUGAUUUUCUAACAAUAUGGUUCUUAAAGGCCUUAUUUGCUUUAACUUUGUCAUACCAUAAAUAUGCAUGCCAUCCAAAAACAUUGUUAAACCCUUCCAAAUCUAACACAUCAGUGUCUUCAAGAAGUAGCCAAUCUUUUAGCCAGCAGAACGCUGCGGCUUCGUAAUACAACUUUAAGUCCGGCAGGGCAAAGACCCCUCUUUGUUUUGCAUCAGUUAGUAUCUUAAACUUAAUUCUGGGCUUUUUGCCCUGCCAGACAAACUUCGAAAUGUCUCUCUGCCACUUCUGAAAGCACUCCAUUUUGUCCAAAACCUGAAGUGUUUGAAAUAAAAACAACAUUCUUGGCAAUACAUUCAUCUUAAUCGCAGCAAUUCGGCCUAACAAAGAAAGUUUCAAUUUUGACCAACUGUCUAAGUCUCUCUUAAUUUCUGUCCAACAUUUUUCAUAGUUAUCCUUAAAUAGACUUAGAUUUUUGCUGUUAUGUUUACCCCUAGGUAUUUUACUUUUUAACCACAUUAAGUUCCGUCUCAGUCGGAAACCGUUCUGACUCUGUCUCAGUCACAGAGUUUCCCCAAACCUUGGUUUGCGGGUUAUUUAAUUUAAAUCCCGCCACCCGACCAAAGUCAUUAAUCAAUUGUAAUACUCUUUUCGUACUAGGCUCUGGCUUCUGCAAGGUCAAAACCAGGUCAUCUGCAAAAGCUUUUAGUUUAUAUUGUUUCUGACCAACCUGAAUUCCUUCCACUUUAAAGUUGUGUUUUAAUCUUGUUUUUAAGUUGUAUCUUAAUCAAUUGUUUUAUAUCUGGUGUUAGCCGCCCUGAGCCUGGUCUUGGCUGGGGAGGCCGGGGUAUAAAUAAUGAUGAUGAUGAUAAUAAUAAUAAUAAUAAUAAUAAUAAUAGAAGUCUUUCCACCUUUUGCCCCCAGAUAUUGGUCUCUCGGCAACCCCAGCUACUCAGAGCAUGAUGGAGCGCUGGAGAAAGACUGCACAUCCAUCGUGCCGUCAUCUGGCGGAUAUAACUGGAAUGACGACUACUGCCACAAACUACAUAAAUGGGUGUGUAAGGAGAACAUAGACAUUGAAGAACCAUAAAGUUGGGGAAAACUGGGCCAAUACCUUACUGAAGGCAGAAUGGUUUUCAUUCCAUUUUUCAACUCCAGGAGAAGUCUGCUUAGCCACAGAACGAACAGAAACAUCCAAUUCCACCCAAGCCUUGUUCUUUGUGCUCCGUGAAACAAAGAGAGUUUGAGAGGUUGUUUGCUAUUAUCAAUUGGUUAGAGAGAUUUGUGUCCCAGGUGAUGGGUGCCUAGGAAGAGUUGCCAUUUUCCUUCAGGGCAGAGUUGAUAACGGCUGUUGUCUUAUCAAGGCAGAUCCUUGGGAUGGGAAUAGCUACCUUUGGCAGAGCUCUUAAAGGAAGGAAACUCAUGUCCUGAAUUAAAGAUGGCAGCUCUGUUGUGGUUAGCAAACAGGCCUUUUCAUUUCUUUCAUCGCGCCCGCCAGUCAUCUCUUCCAAGAGAGGGGAGGACGUGAAAUAGCCAAAUUACAGCCUUCUGACAACUGCAGGAUAGCCUGCACCCAGAACCCAUUCACCGUACCUCCUGCCACUGUUCCUGAAGAGGCAUCAACGGGUUUAGAAAGGAAAGUGCAAGGGGGAGAGUCUGUUCUGAUUGUGACUUCCCUGAUGCAUGCAUUAAAAGGAAGAAAGAAAAAAAGAUUUAAGACACUCAAAAAAGUGCCCCAUUAAUAAAACAGCAGAUAGCA